AUGCCCCAUGAAACCAUUGGCGAAUCUCGGCCACGGGCUCAUGGCAAGGAAAUUGACCCUGAUCGCGAAGUAUUGGUGCAUACGGGAGGGACAGAAGCCAUCCUUAGCGCCAUUACGGCCUUCAUCGAGCCCGAGGAUGAGGUGAUUGUCUUGGAGCCAGCUUUCAAUUUGCACAAUCCCCUGGGGAAAGUCUUCUCUGUUGAGGAGCUACUCGCCAUUGGCAACAUCUGCCUUCAGCAUGCAAUCGUUAUCCUCUCAGACAAGGUCUACGAACGCCUUUACUUCACGCCUUCCUACACGCGUAUUGCCACCCUGAACCGUACGAUCGCUCGCAACACUUUCACCGUCAGCUCUGUUGAGAAAGCAUUCAACGUGACUGGAUGGACAGUGGGCUAUGUCAUUGGUGACGAGAGUCCCAUUAAGCAUGUACAACUUGCCCACAUCAUCUUGGGCUAUACCACUGCCGGCCCGGCGCAAGAGGCGGCGGCGGUGGGGCUCGAAGAAGCGGACAGACAGGGUUUCUGGGAAGCGAAUAAGCAGCAUAUGGAGAGCAGGAUGCGAAGCAUUUGCAGCAUCCUCCAUAAGCUGGGUUUGCCUGUAAAACUCUUUCAUGUGGUAACCCACGAGAUGGGCUAUGCUUUACCUCCAUCCAGGGCGUGA